GUGUCGACCCGAGGAGCUGCCGAGAGAGGAGCGGCGGAAUGAUGUAUGAUACGCGUUGACGACUGUUAUCAUGACCACCACCGUGGCGAUUUCCCUCGGUUAGGAGAGGAGAUCCGAUCGAGAGAGCGCCGCGCCAGAUCGCGCCGUGCCACCGUUAUCGUACCGUGCCGUGCCGUUCCGGAGGAGGCGGUGAUCGGCGGUGAUCGGCGGUGAUCAGCGAAGGAGCAGCCGGAGCGGAGCGGAGCGCGAGGGGCCUUAUGUCAAGUCGGCGACGACGACGAGGACGAAGCGCGUCAACAUGAAGAAGUUGUUUUCUAAGAUCGACAACACGUCGAAGGAGCCCAACAGUUAUCUGGGCAAGGUGUUCCUGGUGGGCCGUCACUCGGUCACCGUCGAAGAGGUUUUGGCGGAAGGAGGAUUUGCCAUUGUAUUUUUGGUCAAGGGUUCGGGUGGUGGGCGAUAUGCGCUCAAACGGAUGUACGUCAACAAUGAACAUGAUCUCAACGUGUGCAAGAGAGAAAUCCAAAUUGCUAGCAACUUGAGCGGUCAUAAAAAUAUCAUAGGCUAUGUAGAUAGUAGCAUAACUCAUACUGGUGGAGGAGUACACGAACUUCUACUUCUGAUGCCUUAUUGUAAAUCCCAAGUUCUUCAAAUGAUGAAUAACAGGUUGCAAACAGGUUUCACUGAGGCAGAAGUUCUGCAAAUUUUUUGUGAUGUAUGCGAAGCAGUGUCUCGAUUGCAUCAUUGUCAAACUCCUAUAAUUCACAGAGAUCUCAAGGUUGAAAAUAUACUGCUCGCCGACAACGGUCAUUAUGUUCUGUGCGACUUCGGAUCUGCGACGGGAAAAAUUCUCAAUCCCAGCGUUCACGGCGCCACGAUAGUCGAGGAGGAAAUAAAGAAAUACACCACGUUAAGUUACAGAGCGCCCGAAAUGGUCGAUAUGUAUUGCGGAAAACCUAUCACCACGAAAGCGGACAUAUGGGCUUUGGGAUGUCUUCUGUAUAAACUUUGCUUUUUUACAUUACCGUUCGGCGAGAGCACGCUUGCUAUACAGUCGGGAAAUUUUACAAUACCAGAUAAUUCAAGAUAUAGCAAAGCUCUCCAUUGCUUAAUUCGAUACAUGCUUGAGCCAGAUCCCGAUCUACGUCCUGAUAUCUAUCAAGUUUCCGCUGUGGCUUUUCAAAUUCAAGGCAAAGAGUGUCCUGUGCAAAACCUACAUAAAGUCCCGACACCAACAAUCGAAUCCUUACCGUGUCCGCUCAUGGAAUCCGAGAAUGUUAAAAGAUCGACAUCUGUGAAAACUCCAAAGCCGGCGCCUUUAGCGACGCCAGUUGAAGGCACAUCGGUGACGCCUAGGCAGAGACCGAAAGGACAAGCUGUCAGCACAGGACCGAUCAGUUUGAGCGGUCAAAUCGUCGGUCAAAUAUCAGGCCAAGGAAAUCAGACGCAAACUACGCCAGGAAAUUCUAUUCCUUACACUCAAGUAUCGCCGCAGAUUUGCACUCCCAGUCAGAAUGUUCCCUUCAGCCAGCCACAAGGACAACCGUCGCAAAGCCCGAUGAUCAGUCACUCUCCUCUAACUCAACAGUCUCCCGUGACUGUGCAAGACAAAAGCGCGUUUUAUUUCGACUCGAGGCAACAUGAUGCAAGAGCAACGACAAACGUGAACGAACAAAAUUUGGAGGCCUUGUUCCCGCCAUCAGGAUAUCCAGAUCCAUUUAAGGAUGAUGCAAGAGCGAUGCCGCCACCUGCCAAGAUACCACCUCCCGUUGCUCCUAAACCCGGCAAAAUCCUUUCGAAGUUAUCUAAUCCUAGUUACACACCGUCAUCGAAAUAUCCACCAGUUGCUUCUUUACCAUCAAAAUUAUCAAUUCCGUCGGGGCCUAACAAAGCGACUCCAUCGACCGUGACACCACCAGCUCUACCGAAACCGGUUAACAAAACUGAGAGUUUAAGUCAAAACAUAAGUUCAAGCAUAUCUCCUCCCGACAGUCCGACAUUGUCAUCCUCGCGACACCGGAGGAACGUCAGUGACACGAGUGCUUUCAAUAAUGGCCAUUUCGAUGUUCACAGAGCGUUUGCGACCGAAACCACCCAGUUUUUAGCGCCAUACGAGGCUUCAGUCAAACCACGUGUCGACGACACAACCACACCUCCGGAACUACCAGAUAUAAGGCCUUGUAUAGCAACUAGUGCCUCGCAUGUACGUGUUGGCGAACUUUCAAGCCUAAUGGGAUCAGAGGGAAAAUCAUUGAGUUCGGACGUAGCCGCGUGGAAUCCGUUCGAGGAUGUACAGCCUUUCAAUCAGUUGACGGAAGAUCAUAUCUUCGGUGCUGAAUUCGACAAGAUAAGAAGAGGAAGCAAUACCAGUAUCAGCGGAGUGAAGAGCCGCGAAAGCCUUGUUAUGACAUAUACAGAGUUACCGGAAGAUCCCUUUGAAUCUGCACCAUUUAGCCUGCCAACAGGGAAAAAGAAUAAAAUUGGAUCAAAGACUGCUGCUAUUGCUGGAGGAAAAUCAACGAACGGUAAAGCGAGAGCGCCUUUGGCACAGUGGAAUUCCGGAGUUGAACACGGUAGUAAUGGUUGUGGGAUUGACGAUGAAGCGUCCCUGAUCACGGAAUCCAGUCCGGUUUCGCCGCCGUUCGUUCGCGCACCGGCCGAAGAUCGUUCCAAGUACGAAAAGCUGGCGUUCAACGCCGACGAAGUGUCCAGUGACAGUGACAAAGGCGCAAAAGAGGCUAAAGAACGUGCGAAGAAAGUGAAAAGAAGGCGUGUGAAGAACGUGUUGAGUCGCAAGAGGCGAGUUGCGGCAGCGCAACAUGAGAAUGCAGAUAGCACUAACACCACAAACGUGGAGUACGAGUCGGACGACUCGAUCGGCUCGGCAAGCGAUCUGCGCGCGAUGAACGACGAGGAAGAGGGCAACGACGGCGAGGAAAACGAUGACGAUGACGGCGACGACCACAGGAAGCACAGCGAGACUAUUUCGGAUGUGCGCACGUGCGGUAGUUCGGCGUAUCAUGCGGAAUGCGAAUCCGUGGCGACGCACGAGGACGAUUACAGGACGAAGAGGCCAAGGAGACACCACUAUCGCCAGCAGGAGCAGCAGUUGCCGACUAUCGAUGCAGAUCCGAUUGUCGGCCAUCAGUACGGCGAGAAACCGCUACUACUGGACGACGAACUUGAUCCCGAAUCCAAGCCAGAACAGUCACACGGAGAUCCCUUCGUCCGACUUCAGUACAGCUCGAAGCCGUUGCUAUUCAACAACGGUGACAGCUCGUCUGAUGACAACGACAAGUCCAAAUCACUGAAUGGUAUCUGGAAGGUGGAAGACGACGUGUUCGCUAUGGCACCCUUUCCGAGAUCCAGUAGUUCGAGAAAGAGCAGCGACAGUCGUGAGAGUGAGACCAAGAACAUCGAUCCGAGCAGCACGAGAAAUUCGCCUCACGCUUCGAAUCUGGUGACGCCGAUCUCCAGCUCGCCCAUACCAGCGGAAGUGUUCGUAGACGUUGCGGAAAGUAAAGCGACACCGCAGCCACCGAUUAAACCUGCCGUGUCUAACAAGUAUUCCAAAGGUAUUGUGAACAACAACAAGAUUAUUUACGAAGAACCAUCGUCGUUUUGUCAUCAAUCGAAUAUGCAGGUCUCACCAAUCAAAAGCAGUCCGCACGUGAGUAUCGUAGAGGAGGAGGAAGAGGAAGAGGAGGAAGACGAGAACACUGAGAAGGAUCUUUUCGGCUCUUCUCCGUUCAGUCCCAGCGGAUUUACCAAUCCCUUCAACAGCAUUCAGUCCGGUUACGCGAGCAUGGACGCGCCGACUCAGCCGAUAUCGACGAUUCUGAGUCCAGCAGCUUCUACCUCGUACAUCGACUACGUUAAUCUGCAAUCCCAUAACGUGAUGCCGGACAAUUAUUACGCUAGGCAUUCGAAUAUAGUCGCGUCUACCUCGAAGUACGGCAUGGUGACGGUAAACUCCGAUCCGGCAGUCAGUCACGAACCUUCGAAGGAUCUCUUCGGAUCCAUUCCGUUCGAAGAAUUCGCGUCGUUGAAGAUCAGUGAGCAACAACAGCGUCCGACGUCUCUGUCCCUGUCGCAGUCGCCAAAUUACAUAAAUAAUAUCGCUUUGGCGACAACGUUGCCCGUUAGUAGCAGCGUCGUGCAGUCUCCAAAAAAUACCGUCGUACACCUGACACCCACACCAUCGACGUUGCAAUCGCAACCGCAGCCCACCUACACGAUUCAACCAACGGCGCACACCGCCAGGAUCACCGUGCACGCGGUCAACAGCGUCUCCAAGGUGGAUAUCACGUCUGACAUAAUAUCACCCAUGUCGCCCGAGCCUCUGGUCGCGGACGACGACACGCCGAAACACAACAAGAAGGAUAAGUCCAAAUCGGACAAGUCCAAGUAUCACCUGAUCAACGAGAAUCACGGCGACAUCGUCAACGUGAAGACGUCUCACAAGACCAAAUCGGUGAUUCACAAGAAGACACCGAAAGGAAAGAAGAGCAGCGCCGCGACCGCUGGUUUCAGCAACAUGAGCUUCGAGGACUUUCCGAGCGACGAGAACGAGGAGAGACAAGCGGGACGGACGAAGGCGGCACCGUUUGAGGUAAUACGCGAAGUGUCGGAGAAGCGAUUUGGAUCGUUGAAGAGGCGAAGCAAUCUCUUCACUUGAAACAAGGUGGUUUUUGUUAAGCAUUAGGUAACACAAAGUUAUGAACAUGCAGGAAUAGCCGACUCACUCGCAAAUCGUACACAGAGAGAUGUAUUAGAUAUGUCUCUCAAUGAAAUGAAGUUCAAUGAGCUGAUGGAGAUAACACACAGCUAGAAUAGUGGGGACAAAAAACAAGCCCCCAGUAUCAAGUUAACAUACUCCUCUGCAAAUACCUCUUUAUACACUGUAUGAGCCCGCUAAUGUCGAAGGAAACACAGCAGCCUUGCUGCUGGACAUUGGCUUGGGCUAUUUUUCCACUCUCUUUAUUACUUCUUUUAUGAUGCUUGACGAUAGCUGACGAAGAAGAUUCGUUUCAGCGACUAGUGAGCCACGAACGACGACUAACAAUAAGAGAAAAUCUCGUGAUUGUGGACACACACUAAUUACCCGGCGAAACAUCCGCAGUUUUUCUGAACGAUUAGAAUUUUAUUGUAUGAAAAUACGCACAUGUGUUAAUAUCAUACAAAAUAUUAAUCUCGUUCAAAAAACAAGUAAAAUCUCUCAACCGGAAAUCUAAUGAUACAGGUUGUGCCGUAACAUGUUACGAUUUGCCUUUCGAUUUUGAUUAUCAGUUUGUCAACAGAGUGAAAUUCCGAGUGAUAGUCCGUUUUGCAUUACUUGUUUUCUUUAUGAAAUACGCGUUUGUAAAAAAAUGUAAUAUAAAGAGAUGCAUAAUUUAUUUAAAAUAA